AUGCCUCAUACAGGCCAAGCUGGUGUCAAUCAACUGGGUGGAGUAUUUGUCAAUGGUCGUCCCCUGCCGGACUGUGUUCGAAGGCGAAUUGUGGAACUGGCUUUGUGUGGCGUUAGACCAUGUGACAUAUCAAGGCAGUUGUUAGUAUCACAUGGCUGUGUCUCCAAAAUCCUAACCCGCUUCUAUGAAACGGGCUCCAUACGUCCUGGCUCCAUUGGUGGCAGCAAAACAAAGCAAGUGGCAACACCCACGGUGGUUAAGAAAAUCAUACGUCUCAAAGAGGAAAACAGCGGCCUCUUUGCCUGGGAAAUACGUGAACAGUUGCAACAGCAACGCAUUUGCGAUCCCAGCUCGGUGCCCUCGAUAAGCUCUAUAAAUAGAAUAUUACGCAAUAGUGGCCUAUGGACAGACGAAAUGACUUCAAAUCAGCAAAAUGCAGCAGCAGCUGCAGCUGCAGCAGUGGCUUCAGGGGGGCAUCCUGUUAAUACCACCAGCGCAGGUUACACGGUGCCAAACUCCAUGUAUACCAACACCAACAAUUCGGCUGGCCUGCCCCCAAGUGUCUCUGAGUCAGCGGGUCCUGGGACUUUUCCCCAUAACCGUAACCCACAUCAUAGUCAACAGCAGGCCAUGGCCUUAGCCAGUUCUUAUCGUUAUGCGGAUGUGGCUAUGCCCACGGCUUCCAAUAGCCAUCAGCAUCUUGCCUCCGGUGAUCAUCCCAUUAAACCAGCACCAAAGCAUCCCAUGGCUGGCCUAACAGCAGCUUCAUCCGCCUCCUCACCCCAACUUACACCACAAGAUCUUUCCUAUUCGGCUGCUUUGCAGAAACAUUGGUUUUGGAAUCCCUCUUUGCUCUACUACACCCAGCAUGUGCAAGCUGCCAGCCAAUUCCUGCCCUAUACCAGCCAUGGUCAAUCGCCCUCGGCUGCCUAUUUCCCUGCCUCAAUGCACGGCGGAGGUUAUACGAAAUCUGAGAGUUCCAUAGAUUUGACCACACCCUCGGCCACCGAUGCUCUAAGUGAUUGUGACAGUGGCAAAUCCUCGCCGGCCACCAUCAAUUUAAGUUCCACCUCCGCUUCAUCAUGCCCCACGGCCACCAAUCCAUCCACCAACAGCCGCAAGCGUAACCCCUACUCUAUUGAGGAGCUGCUUAAGAAACCAGAAAAGCGUAUGCGCUUAAAUGCCAAUUCCACAGCAGCCUCCUUGAGAUUGAGCCCCAAGAAGGAAGAUUGCAAUGUCAGUGUGUGCUCGGCCAGCAGUGGCCACAGCAAUAACAGCAGCAGCAGUCACAUCAGUUGUGUGGGCGAAGACAGUUGUGAUGAACCCAUUCGCCAUCGUUCACCUUUGAGUGCAGGGCCAUCAGCCUCGGUGGCCAACAUUGAGGCUGAGGAAAAUUGUGAGACAGUGGAGGUGGUCAACUGAAGCUUUUAAAGAAGAAUUCCGUCAAAUUGUGUUAUUUAUUGGUAGAUGUUUUCCUAAGCUAAGUUAUUUAAAUGAGAGUAUUUUAGUCCUACAUAGUUCUUUAGAUUCCUUAGAGUAAU